AUGGACGAGGACCGGCUGCUCGCUCGGCUGCGCAGAUUCGUCGAAUCUUCUCACGCCCUGCUCCGUGAAACCACCGCCAUUUCCUCGUCUAAGAGUCCAGAUUCCGCUGUAGAAGCGCCUAGGGGUUGCCGCGAGGACGCUAAUAACGGGGAUGCUGCUGCUAAUAGCGAGCAGCGUGCGGGCGACCCUGAAAAGGCUGCUCUUGCGGGGCUGGUGCGCGCGGUGGACGCGGUGGUGGCGGAGACGGAAGCCGCGGGGCGGAUGCUGGCGGAGAAGGGGGAUGCGGUUUGGGGGGAAGGGGGGAGGGGGGAAGCGGAGCUUGAGGAGCCGGACAGGCGCAAGGGUACCAGGGGAGGGGGAAGGGGUGGACGGAGAAACUCAAGGCGAGGGGAAGGGCUGGACAUUGGCGCAGGGGGCGCAGCAGGGGGCGCAGGAGGCGCGGGAGGCGCGGGAGGGGAAAAGGGGAAGAACGAGGCUGGGAAGAAACCAUUUCCUGAAAUUCCUGCUGACGUCAUCUCUCUAUCGCUGGAGGCCGUUGGUCGAAGCAUCUCGGCCGUCCAUGCACUGCUGGCGUCUCAUCAGAGCCGUCGAUGGGCGGCAAGCCUGCAUCAGCUGCCGACUAGCAUUGAUGCGGUCAUGCGAAUCAGCAGUGCCAUGCGACCGCUCCUCUCCUUGCUGCUGCACCUGCUGAGCCUCGCGCCCCCCUCACUCUCCACAUCCUUCUGCCAAGCCCAGGCGUCCGCCCUACUGCCCAUCCUCACGUCCCUGCUCUCCGCAGGCCUCCACCAACACCUCUUCCUCCACCUCCACCAGCAAGCGCGUCUGCUUCAACCCCCCCUCUCCUCCUCCAAGCUGUCCUCCACUCCCCCUUCUCGCCCCACUUCAGCUGCCUCCUCAGCCGCCUCCUCCCCCGCUGCGUCCCCCUACAAGCCGCCCCACCUGCGCUCCUCCCGCAAUGCACACGCCCCCUCGCCUGCUCUCUCUCCCUCCUUGUCCCCCCUGCCUCCUGUUCUGCCACCAGCAGCAGCACAACCUGCAGCAGCUGCAUCAGGAGCAGAUAGAGGGGUGGGUGCACUUGCGUCGCCAUCAACGCUUGCAGCAGGGUUGAAACUCGCAGCAGGUGCAGCUUCUGCUCAUGGCCCCCAGCAUGGCGGGCUUGUGUCCCAGGGCAUUGCACGCACACUGGGCUGUGCUUUUCCCUCACGCCUCCGCGGCCACCGCCAGGACUUCGUCCACAUCCCUUCUAGCCGCUCUACUCUCCGACCCGUCCCCCAAGGUGACGUGCGAGUGGCAGCAGCACAGACCCUCACUGCCCUCCUCGACUCGCCUCUCACUCUCACCUUCCUCCAUCGCACUGCUGCUUCUGCUCCCACCGCUGCUGCUGCCUCUGCUGGAGGGGCUCGCACCCCAGCCGUGGCUGCAGUGCUGCAGCAGGAGCAGGACCCGUGGACGCUCUCCCUCGCCUGCAAGCUGGCGUCCCUGCUGGCGCACUGCACUCCGUACCAUCGCCUCCGCUCUUCCCCUCGUUUGAGUUACAUUCUGCCCUCCGCUUUAGUCACGCGGAUCUCCACUCUCCUCUCGCCGGGCCCGCUCUCCUCCUCCUCCUGGUCCACCAGCAUGUCUUAUAGCGAGGAUGGCAUCUCCACUGCCUCUGCAGCCACAGCAGCAGCAGCGACAGCCUCUCUGGGCCACAUCCUUUCGCGCUCCACACUCCCCCCCCCGCAACCACCCGCCACAGCUACCAGCACCACACCAUCAACCAUCACAUUCACAUGCCUUCUCUCGUGGGUGCAGCCCUGCAUUCCCACUGCUGUGCGCGUUGAAGCCCUUCAGGCGCUGGCAGCAUGGGUGUCCACAUUCCCUGCAUCUGCCGCUGAGCCCCUCUGGCCGGACCUCUUUGCCCUCGUCACCGCCACAUUGGCUCCUCUCACCACACCUGCCAAGCCCGAUGCUGCCAGCACCUCAGCAACACACGCUGCAACACAAGAUUGGCUUCCUAAUGCACACUCUGACAGCUGCUGCUCGCUGCAGGCUGAAUCCGCUCUCACUGAUCGCCUCCAGCCUGCAGCACUCAAGCUGCUGGGUCGAAUGCUUGUCGCUCUGGCUGGCACGCGAGGAGGCGGACUAGUAGCAGCAGGAGCAGGCAGUGCACAGCUGCAGCACGAGUCGGAGUUGAUAGGAGGAGGAGAGGGGGAGGAGGAGGGCGAGGGCAUGAGGCGGCAGCUGAAGGGGUAUGGUAUGCCAUUAAGGGGUGUAUGGUAUGCCAUUAAGGGAUAUGGGGUAUGGUAUGCCAUUAAAAAGGUAUGGUAUGCCAUUAAGGAGUAUGGUAUGCUAUUAAGGGGUGUAUGGUAUGCCAAUAAGGGGUAUGGUAUGCCAUUAAGGGGUGUAUGGUAUGCCAUUAAGGGGUGUAUGGUAUGCCAUUAA